UUAAUUAAAGAUUAAAGAAUCGUUCGUAUUGCCUCAAACAUGACUGUGAGUCUAAGCUUACUUAUACUGUUAUCUGGGCUAUCAGUUACUCUUUAUGUGAUAUCUGCCAUUUUACUGGUACUGCAAUAUAAGCACAUUCAAAAGCUAAUAGCAAAAGGAAAAGCAGCUCCAUCGAUGCAAGUGAAAGUACAAAAAGAAAACAUUGUAGAGACGCAAGAACAGCAGAAUACAACAUAUGAAAAUACUUCUUCAAAAAAACAAUACAUGGAUAUUAACACAGGACAAGAAACGUCAUUUAAUCUUGGAAGUGGACCCAUAGAAGAAACAUAUACUUCAAUGAGUGGGAUUGAAGAUAAAAAUGAAUACGAAAUAUGAACCUGAUUUUUUAUGUUUGUUUCAUUGUAUACAAUUUUUCAACAAAUAAAAUUAAUAUUUGCAUACCAUCUUCAUAUUUGCAUACAUUUAAAAUUAAAAUGCAAGGAAAGCACUGUUGUGUAUAUAAUGUUAUUGUGUUAUUAGUGUAUAGUUUUAUCAUAAAAACAAGUUAUACAGAA